UGUUAGUUGGAGCGGAGAAGCGGAGCUGUCCACUCUGACAGGUGCUGACUGCGUGAGCGCUGGAGACUGGGGUACGCACCAUGAGGGUCAUGAAAGCAACGGUAGUGAUGGUGAUGUGUCUGGCCUGGCAGUCAGUUUGCAGCAGAAUAUCUUCAGGCUGUUUGUCAACGAUGAGGUCAUGUGUUUCUCCAGAUCUCUGUGCAAGUGAGAACCUUCUGAGAAAGAUCUGUGAUUCUGAAGAUGGCAAGUGUGCACUGUCGAGCUCUGAGCACUGUAAUGUGACCAUCCAGACCAUAUUAGGCCACUCGCCUUUGUGGAGAGAGUGCGUGUGCGCUGAUGAGGAUUCAUGCAGCGCUCUACAGCUGCUGGCUUCGCUGUGCCUUUUAUAUUUGGCAGGUGGCGAGGCCUCACGUGCAUCUGAUGAGUUCAGUGUGGCAGCCCAACAGGAGAACAACCACAUCAGCGCACAUGAACAAAAGCAGCUGAAGACAGAAUGGAAAGCGAGCAGUCUUUUAGGAUACGUGCCUGGCCCGAACUCAUCAUGUCUUCUGGAGACAACUCUGUGUAUUCAGGAUGAAGUCUGCAACAGGCAGCUGGUGCCAUUUGUCCAGUCCUGCUCUGAUCCUCAGUGCGAGGACAGUCGCUGCAGGCUGGCCAUGAGACGCUUCUUCUCAGAUCUGCCCCAGACUGUGGCCGAGAUGCUGGUGUUCUGUGAGUGUGAGCGAGAGGACCAGGACUGCCAGGACGUCCAAAAAACUCUGCAUUCCAGCUCCUGCCCAGGAGGCCACACGCUGCUAUGGAACUGCUUGGAGAUGCUGGACAGCUGCACUGGAGACAAGCUCUGCAGGCAGACGUUCGAAGGGUUCCUGUCCAACUGCUUUGGCCCAGAAGAUGCUCCGUUAAGUGAAUAUUCUAUCAGGGACUUGAUACACCUCAUAGAUCUCGACUUUUUCCUCAGUGGAGAUAAAGAAUGCAGGAUGGCCUUCGUGGCUACAAUGGGGUCUAUACUACAGAGCCCAUGCACCUGCCAUGGACUGCACCGUGAUGAUCUUUACAGAUGCAAUCUACUCCAGCAGGCAAUACAAAACAGAUCCCACUUCAGACUUCAAGAAACAAAGAGAAACGUUUCUUCUAUACAGUUGCAAGUAAAUAAAUCAGAGCAGAGCCGUUUGUGGUUUAAUGAACAGCUGUGGUACUUUGUGACCACUGUCUUUGUGGUGGUGGUGGUAAUAUUAACUCUGGUUGUCGUCGUAUCUCACAAACUGGGGGGAACGGACAGCUUGUCCAAGCAAGGAAGAUACAGUCCUCCAGAGGAUUCCACUAAGUCACUCGUCCUGUAGUGUCUGUUCAGUGCCACCGUUGGGCCCAAAGCAUUAUUAUGCACUUCUUUAACCUAAGAACAUCUCAGCCUGUUUGCGCUGAAGUCUCCAUGGUUGCUAAAUAAUAAGUCGUAGUAUGUAAGGUGUUAACUCAUUAUUGUGUCCAUACAAAGCAUAUGAUUUUAUAUUUGUUUUAUUGUGACACCUUAUGCUUGUAUAUACUGUAUUUUUUCAGUGUUGUUAUUUAUUGUUUCUAUAUAGUGGAGGUCUGAAAGUCUGACAUGACAGGUAUAUAUAUAGACAUUGUUCAUUAUAUUACUCUGGUUGCUGUGACUGUUAUUUUAUAGUUCAAUAUGUUGUAGAGUUAAUGCUGCAUGUCAGGGCUUAAGCACUGUAAUAUGAAUUUGACUGUUCUUUAUUCAUGUACUACCAGCCAAUAAAUGUUAUAACGUAAUGUCAUGAAAAGAAGGUGAGGGUCUCAAUCAGGAGCUGGAACAGCAUCAGCAGUGAGCACAGUUAAUACAGCUUAUAAUCUAAAGUGUUUAUUGUAAAACGUAAAAUAUCCAGUAGGUUCCCGGUUGAAGUGCUGUUCAGUGGUGUUAGUGAAGACGGGCCAUGUGAUUUUAAACAGUACACAUCACUCUGUAUCAUUUACCUCACCAUAGAGGUUUGACAACCCAGUCCAGAUGUUUCACGGCCUAAGGAUGAGUUUUUGACCCGGAGUUCAAUGGAACAUUAUGCACCAUAAAGAAACAGU